AUGCACCUCACGGACACGAGACUGAGUGCACCUCACGCCCGCUCGCCCCGUCUUCGCAUUUCACGUGCUCCCAUCCUUGCAGCGAGUCCCCUGCGGGCAUCAUCGCAGGCAGCAGACGCUGCAUCGAGUAAGGCGGAGAGCGAGGAUGACCAAGUGAUUGGCACGCGGAUGACGAUCAACGGCCGCUCUCUCACCUUCAAUGCGCUCCGCUGUGCCGCCAUUCCAGCCGGCAAGACGAGGAGAGUGCAGGUGUCGUGGCAGCAGGAAGGCGAGGCGGAUUGCACGGCAAUUCAGUUCUUCAAGAGUCCCAAGUGCACGGGGAAGGCGAUGGACACUGUCGCGCAAGGCAAGCAGAGGUCCAAGCCCCUCCGCAGGGCAGUUACGUCCGCCCGCUGCAUCAUUGGUACCACCAACACCAAAGCUCUUGACGGCAAGACCAAAGCAGCUGACGGCAACACCAAAGCUGCUGACAGCAACACAAAAUCUGCUGACAGCAACACCAAAGCUGCUGACAGCAACACCAAAGCUGCUGACAGCAACACCAAAGCUGCUGGCGGCAACACCAAAGCUGCUGACGGCAACACCAAAGCUGCUGACGGCAACACCAAAGCUGCUGACGGCAACACCAAAGCUGCUGACGACAACACCAACGCUGCUGACAGCAACACCAAACCUCCUGGCAGCAAAAUCAAAGCUCCUUCUGAAUACCCCGACGCAGAGAGUUCAAGCACCGGCGCGUGUGGCUUCGACAGAGUCAACGGGUGUUUGGUGGGCACGUGCAUCGACCGUGGCACCGAGGACAGGACCUGCGUCUGUCUGCCCAACCACCGCUCCCAUGGCCGCUACUGUGAUCAGGAUUGGGAGCCCAUUUCGUCCAUCACAGUGGCGGGCAGCGACUGGAGGUGCAAGGAUGUGUACAGCAUGUAUGGCCUCACGCUGCAGCAGUUCACCACCAUGAACCCGGGUAUCGACUGCUCCGCUCUCCUUCCUCAGGGUCGCAAGCUCGUGGUGAAAGAGCUUCUGCCAGCUUGCACUGCCUUCUACUACACCCAGCCUGCCGACACGUGCUCGUCCGUGGCUCAGUUUCUCAGCAUCACCGAGGAAUCCCUGCAGCAGCUCAACCCCGGCGUUAGCUGCUCCUCUCGCCUCCUUGCAUUCCGCGCUCUCUGUGUGGAGCGCAACCCAGCCAAGGCCAAGCCGAGAUGUGUGAAGGAGAUACAGAUUGGCCAAGUGGUUGACUUCAAGCAGGUGGCGGCAUCCCAUGGAGCCACCAUGGUGGACCUCUGCAGGCUCAACCCCUGGAUCUCCUUCCGCGAUUCCGCGCGCGACAUUGAUGGACCCCAGUACGCUGGACUCUGCAGCUAUUCCGUGUCAAUCACCCUUUAG